AUGGAUCUCAAGAAACUCUCCACCGACGACGGCGAUGCGCGGUCCCUCUUCUCCAUGCAGGAGCUGGAUCCUUCGCCCGUCGACGACCUGAGCCCGGAUCUGGAGAGCGGCGAGUACUUUUCAGAAACCUCCCCCGAGCCAGGAUUUCCCAUCUCCAAGCUCGGCCUGCGAGGGAAUAGGUGGGAUACCUGGUUAUCGGCCCUCCAGAGAUACUCGACAUACCCUCCCACCGCAUUCUCCGUGUUGCAUUUUGUCAAUACCUCGCUCAUCCCAUUGGCAACUCGCUCGGUCCCUGCCAGCGAAUCGUACCUCUUGCUCACACGGCCCGUCUAUCAAGCCCCCGGCCUCGAGCAUCUCGUUCUCACCAUCCCCAUCCUGACGCACAUUGCCUCUGGAAUUGCUCUGCGCAAUAUCCGUGCUUCACGGCGAGCCCGGCUCUACGGUGCUGAGACUCGCGCGCAGCGGCACCUACUGUCCUUCUGGCCGAGGAUCUCUGUCCAGGCCCGUACGGGAUACUUUCUUGCGCCGCUCAUCGGGCUUCAUGUUCUCGUCAACCGCGCCACCCCAUUGAUUGUCGAUGGCGGCAGCUCCGGCGUUGGACUAGGAUAUGUCGCCCAUGGCUUUGCGCGCAGCCCUACGUUCUGGAAUUUGUUCUAUCUGUUCUUCGUCACGGCGGGCGUUUGGCACUUUGUUGGUGGAUGGGCGACCUGGAUGGGCUGGAAGGUGACUACGGCGCGGAGGGAGCGCGGCAGCAACGAGGGCUCUCUGGGAGGCUAUCUCGGCCACUCGGACAACCCGGAGCGUGCCAAGCGGCAGCGCAAGAUGUGGUGGAUGGUCAAUGGCAUCACGGCCCUGGGCGCCUCCCUCUGGCUUGCCGGCGCGCUGGGGAUUGUCGGCCGGGCAGGCGAUGGCGCGGGCUGGGAGGCCAAGGGCUGGAACGAGAUGUACAGCCAGGUGCCGGUCAUUGGCGACUGGCUAUGA